ACCGGAUUUCGAUCCCACUCGGCACCCGUACCCAGUCAGUGUCACUACUCUAUGGAAGCUUCUUCCUCUACACGUGUUAGUCACAGUAACCCCGCAAGCCGGGCUAUUGCCGGCCCCGCCCCCUUCUUGUGAAGGCACUGUGUAAAGCGGCGUCCCGGAGUGCACACAGUGUCAGCCAACCUUCCUUCUAGGCUCUCUCCGAGCACAUCCGCCCUUCUGCAGCCAUACUCACACGGUGCUGCGUCCGGGGGUUCUGCCAGGUGAUGGGGCGCAGGAACCGGCGCAACCGUCAGAGGGACAAGCGCCCCGCAGUGCAGCGCACCCCGGCUGAGGAGGAGGAGCGGCGCCGGGCCAGGGAGAAGGCGGCAUGGGAAGGUGGCUAUGCUGAAAUAAUCAAGGAAAACAAACUUUUUGAACACUAUUACCAAGAACUGAAGAUUGUACCAGAGGGGGAGUGGGAGCAGUUUAUGUCUGCUCUCAGGGAGCCUCUCCCUGCGACAAUCAGAAUCACUGGAUACAAAAGUCAUGCCAAAGAAAUAUUACAUUGUCUAAAGGAAAAAUACUUCAAAGAACUACAAGAUAUAGAGGUUGAUGGUCAGAAGAUAGAAGCUCCCCAGCCACUUAGUUGGUACCCUGAUGAACUUGCCUGGCACACAAACCUAAGCAGAAAGAUCAUCCGCAAGUCCCCAGAGCUUGAAAAGUUUCAUCAAUUUCUUGUUCAUGAGACUGAGUCGGGCAAUAUCAGUCGUCAAGAGGCAGUCAGUAUGAUCCCACCUGUUCUUCUAAAUGUCCAGCCACAUCACAAGAUCUUGGAUAUGUGUGCAGCCCCAGGAUCUAAAACAAAGCAGAUUAUUGAAAUGUUGCAUGCAGAUAUGGACGUUUCAUUUCCUGAGGGCUUUGUCAUUGCCAAUGAUGUGGACAACAAGCGCUGUUACCUUUUAGUCCACCAAGCUAAGCAAUUGAAUAGUCCUUGUGUUAUGGUUGUGAACCACGAUGCAUCCAGCAUCCCCCGGCUCCUAGUUGAAAACAGUGGUGUUCGAGAAGUGUUGUUCUAUGACCGGAUACUAUGUGAUGUGCCGUGCAGUGGUGAUGGGACUUUGAGGAAAAACAUUGAUGUUUGGAAAAAGUGGACAACAUUAAAUAGUUUGCAGCUGCAUGGGUUACAGAUUAGGAUUGCUACCCGUGGUGUUGAACAGCUGGCAGAAGGGGGAAGGAUGGUGUAUUCAACGUGUUCUUUGAAUCCUAUUGAAGAUGAAGCGGUUAUAGCCUCACUGCUGGAGAAAAGUGAAGGUUCUCUUGAGCUUGCUGAUGUGUCAUCUGUGCUUCCUGGUUUAAAGUGGAUGCCUGGAAUCACCAACUGGAAGGUAAUGACAAAAGAAGGUCAAUGGUUUGACAAUUUUGCAGAUGUACCCACAAACAGGCACACACAGAUUCGGCCAACAAUGUUUCCUCUGGAUGAGGAUAAAAUGAAAGCCCUGAAUAUACAGCGUUGCUUGAGGAUAUUGCCACAUCACCAGAACACGGGAGGUUUCUUUGUCGCAGUGUUGAUAAAGAAGGCUCCUAUGCCUUGGAACAAGAGACAGCCAAAGCUGCAGCGGAGACCUCCUGCUUCUGUGCCAGUUGCUGAGGUUGUGGAAAAUAUUACAGAGACUGCAAGUGAGACAGCAAAGAGUACAGAAAAUGUGGAAAAUAAAGAUAAAGGCACCGCACCUUGCAGUAAUCCUGAGACUGGAUCCUCUAAAGACAGUGUGUGUGGUCCUCCCCCAUUCAAAAAAAUGAAGUUGUUUGGAUUUAAGGAAGAUCCAUUUGUGUUUCUGUCAGAGGAUGAUCCAAUAUUUAUUCCCAUACAGAAAUUCUAUGCGCUAGAUCCAUCUUUUCCAAAGAAGAACCUCUUGACGCGCACCCAGGAAGGGAAGAAGAAACAACUUUACAUGGUCUCUAAGGAACUAAGAAAUGUACUACUAUAUAACAGCGAGAAGAUGAAGGUAAUCAAUACUGGCAUAAAAGUGCUGUGCCGAAAUAAUGAUGGGGAACAAUAUGGCUGUGCUUACAGGCUUGCACAAGAGGGCAUUUAUACAAUUUAUCCGUUCAUCAAUUCAAGAGUUGUAACUGUGUCAGUGGAAGACAUCAAGGUUCUGCUUACCCAGGAAAAUCCUUUCCUAAGUAAAUUUAGUAAUGAGAUACAAAAGCAGACUAAAGAUUUAGUCAUGGGAAGUAUCAUCCUAAAAUAUGAACCUGAUCCACAGAAACCUGACACACUUCAGUGCCCUAUUGUGCUGUGUGGCUGGCGAGGGAAAACCUCAAUCCGUUCUUUUGUGCCAAAAAAUGAGAGAAUGCAUUACCUGAGAAUGAUGGGGGUGGAAGUGUUUAAGGAGAAGAAGGAAAAUACAGAAAAUGAAUCGACAAAACCAGAAGCUAUUCUUAACCCAUUGGAGAAUGAAGUGAUGGACAUUGAUUGUUUGGAGAAGGGGGAAGAACUCGCAGAGCUUAAUACUACAGGAAAUAGUGAACCCUCUGAUUUGGUUGAAGUAAAGCAGGAUUGUGCUGCAGCAUGUCUGAAAGAGUGUGCUACAAGGUGCACAGAUGGUGGUAAUGAUGUACAGGCUUAGCUGUCAGCAGACUGCUGCGACCAGUGAUUUAGUAUGGUUGUGACUUUCUGCUUUUAUGUAAUAAGUAUGUUUUGUUUCUUUGUAUUGUAAGGAUUGCUAAUAUUUUCACUUCAUAGAUCAAGACCUGUUUGUUUUUUGUUUUUUUUAUUGUUUAUUAAACUUGAAUAAUGUUUUUUGUUUUUUUUUAAAUAAAGCCCAUAAGUUUU